AUGGCUUCAGCGGCGAAACAGGCUGCUCGCCCCGUCAUCGCUCCAGCAGAUCUCCAGUCGUUCACCGAGUAUUUGAGAGGCUGCAAACGCAUCCUGGCUCUUCUUGGGGCCGGUAUCUCUGCAUCCUCGGGCCUCCCCACUUUUCGAGGCGCUGGGGGCCUGUGGCGCUCAUAUGAUGCCACCUCCUUGGCAACACCGGAGGCUUUUGAAGCCAAUCCGGGGCUGGUGUGGCAGUUCUAUAGCUACCGUCGCCACAUGGCCUUGAAGGCCGAGCCCAACAAAGCACACUAUGCACUGGCCGAACUAUCGAAGAAGAAUAAAGAUUUCAUCACUCUGAGCCAGAAUGUUGAUGGUGCUGGCCUACAUUUCACUUCAUUGUGUCUCUCACAGCGAGCGCAUCACCCAUCUGACCAGCUGCAUCUUCUUCAUGGCUCGCUCUUCAACAUAAAAUGUACCUCCUUCUACUGCAAUUACUCGCGAAAUAAUGAUUUCACGGAUCCUAUUGUUCCAUCUCUGGCGAUCCCCCAAUCAACCCCCGACCCGACUCCCUCCACGGCCGACAGAAUCGGCGAAGAAGCAGCAAGAUCCUUUCACCAUGCCCUCAACCAAGGGAAAAUAACCCAUCACGCUGCAUCUGCCAAUGAAAUCGAUAUCUCGGAUGAGCGCAACUCGAUUCCAGAACUAACCCGGGAUGACCUGCCCCUUUGUCCUAAAUGCAAUAAUGGCCUUCUCCGUCCCGGCGUGGUAUGGUUUGGAGAAAGUCUUCCCAUGGACACGCUGAAGACCGUCGAUCAUUGGAUUCAUGCGGCCCCAAAAGUCGACCUAAUGUUGGUCAUUGGCACGAGCUCCCGGGUAUGGCCGGCAGCAGGGUAUGUGGACGAGGCUCGCGCAAAAGGUGCUCGCGUCGCUGUGAUUAACAUGGAUCCUAAUGAUAUCCCCGGACGAACGGUCGGGUUGGAUCAGGGCGAUUGGUUCUUCCAGGGUGAUGCUGGUGUCAUUGUCCCUGAGAUUCUGAAAGACGUGAUUGGGGAGAUUUGA